AUGGCAGCUUCUUCUAAGGAUGCAGAAAGGAAUUGCCUUUUCUACACGCAGAGAUCUGACUUCCAUAUCUAUGUUCUGCUGGCAGUCUCUUUCCUCCUAACAGUUAUUUUCUACAUUGCAGUUCUUUCCAAAGUGUUCCCUUGUGGCCCUAAUCACACACAGUGGCAGUACUUUGAUGGGAAAUGUUAUUUCUUCUCUCUGAGGAAGGGUACCUGGAGAUGGGCCAACGAUCAAUGCAGGGACAAUCGUGCACAUCUGGUUGUCAUCGAUGAUAUGGCCGAACAGAUUUUCGUUCAGACACGAGCCAAGAAUGAGCGUUAUUGGAUAGGACUUACAGAUAUAGAAAUAGAAGGAGAAUGGAAAUGGGUGGAUAGUACUAAUUAUAGACUCGGCUUCAAGUACUGGAAGCAUGGGGAACCUAAUAACGAUCACUCAAAUGAAGAUUGCGCGCAUCUCUGGGACAAUGGAGAAUGGAACGAUGUUUACUGCACAUACUCAUGCUACUAUAUCUGUGAAAGAUAUAUUCCAAUGAUCUUCUAA